AUUCGCAUCAACUUCUUCGCUAGACUUCUAAUGGCUUCUGCUGGUACUAACGGCACCAAUGGUGUCAGCGGGCAUGCCCCGCUGCCCGCGUACAAGGAGACGCCCAUUGACGAGAUCCCCCAGAUUCAUGCCGAUCUUGUCAAGUCAUUCCGGACAGCGAUCAUGUGGCCGCUCGCGAAGCGCAAGGAACAGCUUGCCGCGAUGGCCAACAUGAUGAAGGAAAAUGCGGACGCAUGGUCCAGAGCGAUCUAUGCCGAUCUGGGGAAACCCGAACUUCAGGCUCAAUUAUUCGAGAUUGCCAUCUCUAACCAGGCCGUCAAUGCCAUUCACGAGCUCGAAGAGUGGACCGCACCGAUCAAGCCUGACGUGCAUGAACGUCACUCGGAAUGGCAGCCCACAGUAUACAAAAUCCCAUUCGGCGUGGUGCUGAUCAUUUCGCCCUGGAACUACCCCCUCACCUUGACGAUGCAGCCGCUCGUCGCUGCUCUUGCUGCCGGCAACUGUGUGGUGCUCAAACCAUCCGAGUUGGCGCCAAAUGUAAGCGCACUCAUGGCUGAGCUAGUACCCAAGUACUUCGAUCCACGUGUCGUUCGUCUCGUAAAUGGUGGCGUGAAGGAGACGACGCGCCUGCUGGAGCUCAAAUGGGACCGGAUCUUCUACACUGGAAACGGCACCGUCGGGCGUAUCAUCGCACAGGCGGCCGCAAAACAUCUCACACCUGUCACACUCGAGCUCGGGGGCAAGUCCCCAGUGGUCAUCGAUCCCGAAGGGCUUGAUUUCACUCUAGUAGCCAAGCGGAUCCUACACGGCAAACUCGCGAAUGCCGGGCAGACGUGUGUUGCGCCCGACUACAUCCUCUGUCCUGAGGCGUCGCAAAAGCCGCUGAUGCAAGCGAUGACGGCCGCGAUGAGCGAGUUCUUUGAGGAGACAGGGGGCAAGGCGCUCAACAACCGGCAUUAUGGGAGAAUCGUGAAUAAGCGUCAUUUCAAACGCAUAAAGAACCUUGUCGAUAAGAGCAAGGGUGAAGUCGUAUUUGGUGAGAAGCAAACGGAUCCCGAACGAUAUGCUAUGGAACCGCUUGUCAUCAAGACGACUGGUGAUGACGAUCUCAUGGGAGAGGAGAUCUUUGGUCCCGUGUUCCCGUUGAUCACGAUCAAGGAUGUGGAUGAUGCGAUCAACUUUAUUGAGGACCGCGACCAUCCUCUCAGUCUGUAUGUCUUCACCAAGAGCGAGGAGACGAAGCAGAAAUUCGUUUCUCGGACACGAUCUGGCGGCAUCGUCUUCAACGAUACCAUGGAACAGCUGGCUGUGGGUCUUCCCUUCGGUGGCAUAGGCGAGUCCGGGAUGGGCUACACCGUCGGCCGCGCCGGUUUCGAGUCGAUGAUGCACCUGCGUGCCAGCGUUGACAUCCCAUACGAGCACGAGGAGGCAGUCUCCCUCCGUUAUCCCCCAUAUACGCAGGAGAAGGUUGACAUUGCGAGGAUGAUCGCCCAGCCCCAUGUUCCGGAAGUAGCUCUCUAGGGGGUAGUCUUCAUGAUUGUAUUCGGGCAAGCGGUAUCCACGGCGUGUGUGAUGGUCCAGAAGGGUGGAUGUAUGCGAAUCGACUAUCUCCUUAUCUAGAGCAGGUGUACUUGUCGGUGUCUUUAGCAACAAUG